AUGGCCGGGUGUUCUGAUCUGCCAGAUAAGCUUCUGCGCCGGAAGACUGUUGAUGCCAAUCUGAUGGGAACUCGCUUGAAAAGAUGCCUUUCUACCUUGGAUCUGACAUUACUGGGCAUUGGCGGAAUGAUCGGCGCGGGUGUAUAUGUCCUCACUGGAACAGUUGCCAAGAACAUCGCCGGACCAGCUGUAGUUGUUUCCUUCUUAAUCGCGGGGGCCGCGUCUUUCCUAGCUGCACUCAAUUUUGCGGAAUUAGGCACCAAAGUUCCCAAGGCAGGGUCGGCUUACAUUUACACGUACGUGACUUUGGGUGAAUUUAUUGCGUUCAUGAUCGGAUGGAACAUGACGUUGGAUUACCUUGCUGGCGGUGCUGCAAUUGCGCGAGCUUGGAGUGGAUAUUUUGACCAACUAAUUGGAUUCAGAAUUCGGAACUUUACUAUUGAGUAUAUAGCAGUUAAAACUUUGGAGUUUCCCCUGGCAGAGUUUCCUGAUUUGUUUGCUUUAUUGUUGAUCAUAUUGAUAACCGUAUGUGUGUCACUGGGUGCUGCAGUUUCUUCAAAAUUCAAUUCCUUGUUUGCAUCUCUAAAUCUUUGUGUCUUACUGUUUGUUAUAUGCGUUGGUCUUUACUUCGCGGAUAUUAGUAAUUGGAAGGAUUAUGGCGGUUUUGCUCCUGGUGGAUUUUCUGGCAUUUUUAGGGGAGCUGCAGUGUGUUUUUUUGCGUACGUGGGUUUUGACGUGAUUGCAUCGUCUGCAGAGGAAAUUGAGAACCCAGGUCUUAGCAUACCUGUGGCGACAGUGGUGUCUCUAGUAGUCACGUUGGUGGCUAACGUAGGUAUGUCUGUAACACUGACAUUAAUGAUACCAUACACUGCUAUAGAACCGGAAGCUGCAUUUCCGGAUGCGUUCUUUCAAAAUGGUCUUCCCUGGGCGCAAUAUAUCGUAGGUGUUGGUGCACUUUUUGGAAUGACCACUACAUUGCUUGGAACAAUGUUCACACUUCCUCGUAUUUUAUUCGCAAUGGCUAGCGAUGGUUUACUUUUUGACGUAUUCGCUAAAAUUCAUCCAAAUACCAAAGUUCCAGUAGUAGGGACAAUAGUUUCUGGAGCAUUGGCAGGUUUUCUCGCAGUGUUGUUUUCCUUAGAAGCUUUGGUGGAAUUUCUAUCUAUUGGCACUCUUACAUCUUACACCAUGGUUGCAAUUAACCUUCUCAUACUGCGGUACCGACCGCGAAGUGAGACACAAGAAAACCAAAUUAAUUGCGAUGAAGGUAGUGAUGAAUCAGAUGAAAACGUGCCUCUAUGCGCAAAAGAAGAACAGCUUCACAAAUCGUCAGAUAUUGGUAGCUUGAAAACGCACUUCCGGUUCCUGCAUUUCUUAACAAAGUUUAAACCUGGAAGUGUUCCUGCGUUUAACAUAGUAAUAAUGACGUUGUUCAUGUUCGCCCUGGCCGCAGUUAUCACAUAUGGCGCAGGUUCAUUAAAGAGCGUAGAGGCAUGGGCCAUUAUAUGCACAGUUGUGUUAGGAUUGGUUGUGCUCUUAUCAUUCAGUGGUAUAUGUAUACAUAACCACGACAACGAUAUACCCACUUUUAAGGUACCAAUGGUUCCAUAUUUACCAGUUCUCAGUAUUUUCAUCAACGUAUAUCUGACGGUACAGCUUUCUUACGUCACGUGGACACGAUUUGGUGUAUGGAUUGCAUUGGGCAUGAUUGUGUACUUUUCAUACAGUAUACGACACAGCAAAGAAGCUCACAAGUACGAAGAAGACGAUUCAAUAAAACCAAUAAUGCAAAACCAAAAUGGAAGUGAUGAUGGUAUUUUAAAAAGUGAAACUGAUAGUUUUUUGGACAAAGACGAGGGCGAUUGA